AUGUAUACCAGUGCCAUCGUCUCGCUGCUUCUACUUGCUCCCGGAGUACUAGCUCAACGAACCUCGACCGACGCAACCUGCGGUGGCAAGAAAGGUUACACAUGCCUCAACUCUGGUCAGCAAAACCCAUCAUCGACCGACGGAAAUGAACUGACAUCUUCUAGCUUGGGGAUCAUGUUGUUCUCAGUAUGUGCUGCUUCAAGCUCAAUCGUUAUCAAACCCACGCAGACUCCUGCAGUUCCUGUCUCUACGAACGCGCGCUGCGGAUCCUCGUUUGGUGGGAGAACAUGUCAAGGAUCUCAGUGGGGAAACUGUUGCUCACAGUAUAGUUGGUGCGGCUCGACGAAAGAUCACUGCGAUGCGAAGACUUGUCAGAAGAACUUUGGUCAGUGUAACGGACAAGUGGCUAGCUCGAAGAGUUCGUCGACUUUGGCGACUUUUAUCAAGUCAUCGCCAUCGACAUCGCCAUCGACAUCGCCCUCGUCCACGCCCUCGAAGUCUAGCUCAACACCGUCCACAUCUUCGACUACAUCCAGCUCACCAAGCACCUCACCAACGCCAAAGCCAUGCUAUCAGAUCCCGCCUAGCAGGCCGUGCGGUGCAUAUACGGGCCCACUCGACAGCGCUUCCUUCUACGAAGCCUGCACCAGCCCCUUCUCCAACUACUGCGUAGCCAACUACCAAGCGUUCUGCUAUGGUAAACCGUCAUCCGACAGCACGCAAAUUCGCUCAUUUUCAGCGGGCGUCGCAGAUUGUAAGGUGCAGUGCGACCAGGACGCGGCGUGUGUCGGAUUGGCGUUCCAGAAUACGCAAAGCCAGACGUGCACAUUGUACAGUUCGAUCAAGUCGAUCACCGCAGGUGAUAGGACUGAUACUGUGUUCCGCCAGGCUUGCCCGUCUACGGGGCAGAGUUCCACGCUGUCUCCUAGCUCAUUGGCCUCGUCGACUGUCUCCAGUUCAUCAGCCUCAUCGACAGUCUCUAGCUCAUCAUCACCGUCAAGCUCGGCAGUGUCGACGCCAGCUCCGACAGACCUCCCCGUCUCCCGCGACGGGACAUGUGGUGCAUCUGCCGGAUCUUCGUGCAGCGGUUCCGCUUUUGGCGCUUGUUGCGGAGCAGACAGUUUCUGCGGUCUCGGUUCGUCCUGCGGUGCUGGAUGCCAGCCUGCGUUUGGCCUUUGCGCGUCGCCAUCUCCCAUUAGUAGCUCCGAAACUUCGUCACCCACACCCACACCAACGCCUACACCUACGCCUUCGCCUACGCCAGAAACCUGCUUCCGCAUCCCCUCAACCCAAACAUGCACCCCCUACACCGACCCUCUCCGAUCUUUCUCUCAAUCCUGCAAAAGCAUCUCCCAGCAAUUCUGCACAUGCAACAACUACUACGGCACCUGCUACGCCACUGUAUCUGCAGACAGCACCAUCAUCGCCGUCAAGCAACACGGCGAGAAUGCCGAUAGCUGCUCCCGAGCAUGCGAUCAGGAUAGCACGUGUGUUGGCUUUGCCUUCAACGAUUCCAGCGCGCAGUAUUGCACGCUGUACAGCGAGAUCAGGGCGACGGGCGAGGACUUGUCCGACAGCGUCGUCGAGCUCGGUCGUGGUGAUGCCGACUCCGAGGAAUCUGCCCAUUUCCAGCGAUGGUACAUGUGGCGCUACUCCGGGUUUUUCGUGUCUGGGAUCUAG